UCACAAAAAUCUUCCUCCUUUUUUGCUUGUUCUAAGAAUGGAGCAGAUGACUUUAUCUAAACUGGUGCUACUCUUUCUGAGUUUCUCUUACCUCCUCCUUCUGCACCCUUGUCCUAGUGAAUCAGUUCCUACAUCAAGAAGCCACCUCAAGCAAAAUAAGGAAGACGCAUCCUCUGUUCAAGAUUUGUUUUCUCAGGAGGCAAUGGAUGUGACUGAGGAACUUCUUGGAGAAGAGGAGGGGUUAAUUGAAGGGAGGAUGUUGAAAAUCAUAACCGACUAUAGCGGGACUGGAGCCAACAAAAACCACGACCCCAAACCCCCAGCAGGAACUUGAAAAUCCAAAACUAAUAAUUUGAUCAUAUGUAGACCAAAGAAAAUUAAACUCAUAGUAUGGAUAUCGAUCUUCGUUUUCGGAAGUCUCCUAUGUCUUUUCUAGAAUAUUAUGCUUUUUACACAUGACCCUACCAAGGUUGUUUAUCUGCCUUGAGUGGAAUAAUAUCUGACUGGAUCAAGAAAGUGAGUGGAGGGACAUCACUUUCAAAUGAGAAUGUUGUGGAUCCAUUUUUAAUUAUAAUCUACCGUAGUUUUUAGUAUUUUUGUGCUUCAUUGUCCGAUUAUUUUGUUACUUAAGUUGUCCCUAUUUCUGUAGAU